UUACCAUACCACCAAUUAUACAUUCAAACUUGAAAUCCUGUGACUGGACUCGUACAUCAUUUCACCCACCUACCAUACCAUAAUCAAGUCGCCAUCAUGGACACGAAAACCGUUUCCUCGCGCCUACGGGAGCUGGUCAAGUUCCUCGGCUCCGUCAAAGGCGAUCUCGCCAACGUAACAGGGCCACCCUCCCUCCUCGCGCCCUCCUCCGUCGUCGAAGUCGGCCACUGCUGGGCCCAGCGCCCCUCCGUUUUCGCCGCUCCCGCCCUCGAACCCAACCCCGAGAAGCGCGCCCUGCUAGUCCUGCGCUGGUUCCUCAUCGCCCUGCGCAGCCAGCUCUACGUCGGCGUCGACGAUACCCCGCCGGGCAACACCAUUCCUGCUACCCCCACAGCAAUCCCCCCCACAAGCAAGCCGACAACACCCCCAACCGCAGCCAAAUCCAUCCGCAAACCGCUCAACGCCUUCCUCGGCGAGCUCUUCCUCGCCAGCUGGACCGACGAGUCCGCCAAGUGCACGGCCGAGCUCGUCGCCGAGCAGGUAUCGCACCACCCGCCCAUCACGGCCAUGCACGUGGCCGACCGCGCCCACGGCGUGCGCGCCGACGGCUACGCCCGCGUCGAGAUGACCUUCAACGGCGCCGUCAACAUCCGCCAGGUCGGGCACGCUACCUUUCGUGUUGAGAGGUAUGAUGAGGAUUACCUUGUGCCGCUGCCGGAUGUGAAGGUGAGGGGGUUUUUGUCGGGGUGUCUGUACCCCGAGAUUGCGGGGACGUACCACAUUGUGGGGAGUAAUGGGCUCGUGUCGGAGGUGCGGUUCUGGGGGGAGGGUCUCCUUCGCGGGAAGCGGAAUUCGUUUGAGGCACGCGUGUUUCGGAAGGAGGAUGUGCAGCGGAAGAAGCCCAUUUAUGAGGUGGCUGGGGCUUGGAAUGAGGGGUGGACGGUGAAGGACUGCAGGACGGGGGAGGUAUUGGAGGUGUACGAGCUGAAGGCACCCGAAAACGACCCCGUGCCGAUGGACAUCGAACCCGUCGAGGCGCAGGACCCGUUCGAGUCGCGCCGGGCCUGGGAUGGCGUGCUGCAGGGGCUACGGAGCGGGGAUGUGCGGCAGGUGGUGGCCGAGAAGACCAAGAUCGAGCAGGCGCAGCGGCAGAUGCGGGCGAGCGAGGUCGCGAAGGGGACGCCGUGGGAGCCGCUGUUCUUCCGGUCACGCCAGGCCGAGGACCACCAUGUGUUUCACCGUUUGUCGGAGGGCCUGGGCUGGCAACUGCACCAUGAUAGGACCAAGGGAGUGUGGAGGGUGGACGACGAGAAGGUGACAAAGCCGCAGCGGCCGUUCAGGGGCGAACUUACGCCCUUCGGGUACUGAUCAUGUGUAUUUUGAUAAGUUUUGUGCAUAGCGCUGGAGUUGGGGUUUUAUCUUCGAAGGAUAUGGCGUUGAUUUUACAUAUUAUCUAGGUAUUGAGAUGACAUUUUCGACAUUCAUGUG